CUUCACUCGCUUUACAUCACAAAGGGAUGUACAUGUAUUUUGUUUGACCGUCCGGGAUGGACAUUCCGUGUGCUUUCAUUCUCCGGCACAAGUGUCAUUCCCAUCGUUGAUCGGAGUCAGUUUGGACAUGUGUGAUGUGCACUGGGUACGGGUCUGCCCUGACAUUUGUGACAUUUUUAACUGAUCCAGGGAUGCCAUAAACAACUAGUGUGGUUUGCUGCUGCUACUGGUGCUACGUGUACCUUAGACUAUAUAGGAGCACAUCCUGUGGCAUAGUGAUGGUCAAAUCUUGUACCGCGGCUGGGGUAGGCUUUGAUGAUGCAGCGGCCUCCGUGCCAUGCCCGGAAAAACCACAGAGUGUUAUGUCUGAACUCGGCCUCUCUGGAAUGUGAACCAUCUUUGCUUCCACGACUAGUUACCAGCGAUGACAACUUCCAGCCCGAUAAAUCAACCCCCAGCAAAUUUAGCACCGUAGUGGCAAAUGAUGCUGCGUGGCUACAUGGACUGAGCAUGGAUAUCUUCAGGAGACUACAUGUUGUUGUGCCACUUUCCCCAGACAACCUCAACCGGGACUCAAAGACUGGACUGCUCUUCAUUGUGGCCAUGAUCUUUGCCCUAGCUGGGUCGUCUUGUGCCCUGGAGGACGGCCCUUUGACGAUCCAAGUGGAGCACAGCGUGGUCCAAGUCAACACCACCCUUCAGCUCAACUGUACCUUCACCAACCCCGGCCGGGCCGCAACCAACGCUACCGACAUAACAUGGACUCGAGACGGAGAACCAAUCACCAAGGCUAAUGCCCGGGUGGAGGUCGUGGGCUCAUCACAGCUCAUACUCGACAGGGUGCAGUUUGAUGACAGUGGUGUCUAUGCUUGCAGGCUGGAUGAUGGCUCACCGCCGUCGACCGUCACCAUACAAGUUGGAUUGCCACCUGCCAAGAUAACGGACCUGCGCUGUUACAGCCGCAACUUCAUGACUGCGCACUGCUCAUGGACCAACGGACCUGACACCAACCUGCCCACGUCACACCAACUGCUAUGGAAGGAGUACUGUUAUGACGAUGUUUUUAUGCCGUGCAACAUGACGGUAUGUGACCUGCGAGAUUUGGACAGUGCUUGUUUCACGGUCAACUCUUCCAACGCACUGGACCAUACUAAGAGUGACCAACUUCCCUUUAAAAGAGAUGAAAUUGUGCUUAAUCCACCAAGACUCACCGCUGUGACUGCCAAGUCCGAGUCAGCCCUGCUCAUUAAGUGGCAGCCACCAGUUGAUUAUGGCGACUAUCCCACAGCAGUCCAGAAUCAUUUGAACUACCAGCUGCGGUGCGAAUACAAAGACUCCAAUUCUUCCUGGCAGAAAUGCUCUCCUGCAACCACGGUGGCGGAGGCAUGCAAAUUCUGCAGCAUCAGAAACUUGAUUCAUCCCAGCUACGAUCUUGGCAGUUUGUCUCAACCCUACGGGUUGUAUCGCAUCAGCUUGAGAGGAAAAGCUCCAUCUGCUAAACACUGGAGUGAUUGGUCCAACAUCAAAUUAGGAAGAACAAGCGAAGCAGCUCCACUGUCCGGAGUAAGCCUGGGCCUAACUUGUAUAGCAGUCAACAAGACAGCAACUGCAGCAGAGAGGAAUGUCCAACUGUUCUGGCAGCCACUGCCCGAGUACAAGAUGAAUGGAUUGGUUCUGUAUUAUGUGAUCAACGUCAAUGGCUCGUUAUUUAACGCAACAGGAAACUCCAGCAGUCACUUGGAAAGAGGUCUAAACCCAUACAAGUACUACCAAAUUUCUAUUGUCGGGUUCAACUCUGUUGGUGCCACAGACGAAGAUACUUGUGAAGUGCAUCCCAUGCCUGCAGUUGUUGAAAGUUCCACCCCAGUGGUUGCAGGCAUAAUAGUGGCGACACUCCUCUUCAUUGUUUGUAUCAUCGUUCUGGUCUAUGCCUGGCAGAGAGUCAAGAAGUCAAUGGUUCACAUCCCAGACAUCAGACUGCCAAACUACAUCCAGACGGACAACUUGUACACAUAUGGAGGUCCCCAUCGGGGCCCCAUCCGUGAGAAAGAGAGUUACGAUGAGUUGAUCAACUCUACCCUGUUCGUGGAUCUGACUCCAGAGUCAGACAGCUGUGAUCCCUGCUGCAAUGGAGUCAUGACCAAUGGCUUUGUCAUUGACAAGGGCCAGAGCAAAGAACCCAUUUUGGAGCCCCUGGAGAACCGGCGCAAACACCCGCUGCUAAGCGCUAGGAGGACCAACAGUUUGGUCAACGAGAACUACUCACUGGCUCCGACAGAGCAAGAGGCCCUUCUCAGCGACGACCCAUUCCUGCCGGAGGUGGAGCCUGACAAGUGCGAAGAGCCGUCGGGAGAUUACUCCCACCACUAUGGCGGCUGGAAAGACAGUGCUCUAAGUAUCCGCAGCGGUGGCAGCUACAUGCAUCUGAGGGAGGAAGAUGCUGCCAGCUACUCCAACAUGACGGAUGGAGGGCUGACCCCUAUCAGCGAAGACGGCCAAAGAGUGGGGAAGGAUAGGUUAGGGGAUGCACAGGAAACCAGGCCAGAAUCAUUACCACAAGAUGGUGCCAACAGACCAGACCUGGAGCAGCUACCUCGAGAUGUUUCUGAAUGUCCCUACACUGUCAUGGGUAUUGGCAAUGUCAAAGGAGGAUCUGGGAACUUGUCCCAGCAUCCUGGCUUUCCUGAAAAUGACGGCCAUGGUUCCUCUUACAUCGAUAUGAAAAGGAAAGGGAGCCAGGAAUUAAGGGACCAACCUCGUCAGAACCUGCCAGGUAGUCAGCAUGACCCCAAAUCUCUUAGUGACUCUCAUCCUUGUGCUGUUGAUGACAAGUCUCUUGAAGCUGCUCAGGACGACCCUUGCAAUACCCUUGGAAAUUACGUCCAGCAGGGAUUGUUUCUGUCUCCGUCUCCCAAACUUCCGUCCUCUCGGUCCGGAUCUCCAAGACCUAACCCCUCUGGCAGGACAACUCCAAGACUGUUGGAAUCUUGUUCACCCACACAACCCAGGGGUGACACAGAUCCCACUGAGAAUCCAGUGCAGGGUUUGCCUGGCCACUCCCGGCUUCUGUCCCCUCCAAACCAAAGUGUCGAAGCGCCGAGCUCGUUGGACUCGCCAGACAGUUCACAGGAUGACAUCCAGCCAUAUGUCUUGAACACCUGUGUUCUGUCUGGUAGUGCUGAGCCAUUGCUGGCGAAUCCACGUCCAGAUGCAGCCUCACCUCAGCCCCUGUGUGAGAGUCAUCCCAGUCAGGAUAGCGACUGCAGUUCCUCCGUCUCACUGAGCAAUGGGGAUUCGUUGAGUGAGAGCACGCCUCUCAUGUUGAAUGACAGUGACGUUUCUGAACGCUCCUCUCCAUCGGAUGAAGAGGGCAGGGCAAAUCACGCGGCUGUUGCUGGUAGUGAGCCUGGUACUGGUUCCAGCACAGCUAAUGGUGAAGGGGGCUACAUCACUGUGGGUCAGCUGCCUCCACCAGCCUCAGCCAGUGCCGUAAACGGUGACAAAUGUGCUAAUCCAAAUGUGGAUGAUGGUCCUUACGUCACGCCAGACCAGCUACAAUCCCUGACCAAAGCUAGCAGCGCGGCCGACUCUGGCACUGGGGAUACCAGUUGCAAUGGUGAAAUAGAUUCUGAAAUGGGCAGUUACGUCAGCCCAGAUGAGGUAGCCAAGUGGGCUGUGCCAAAAGCGGCAAACACAAAGUGCAAUGGAUUGGAGAACGAUGCGUCCAAUGAUACGAACAGUGACUAUGUUACCGAGGCACAAUUGCGAGAGAUGAUAAAAAGCAGUACAAAGGACGCACCUUGAACAGUAACAGCUACAGAAAGGUUUGGAAUGUGAAUUUUGUGAUGAAAUUGCUAUUUUGAUAGCAAUACAAAAGUUGUUCACCUUUGAGUGAGACGUGAAACCAAAAAGUUGGCACCUCUACUUGUACACACACAUGUAGAUGUGAAUAUAAACGCUUCACAUAUAUUGAACUAUUUUCGGCCUGGGGUGAUCAUUUCUCGCAGGCUAGAGUGGUUCCUACCUCAUCCCCAUCAGAAUUGGUAAUGUAUGGGCCAGAUUAGUUUUAGGUGUGUAUGUUAGUGUGUUAAAGUCAAUGCCUUUAUUCAGAGGAUUAAACACACCAAAAUAGAAAAUGAAACUUGGCAUUCAUAGAAAAGAAUAAAUUUGUUGGAAAGCACAGACAGUAUCUCUAAGUCACAAGUUUUUUGUUUCUUUAUCGGGGCCGUAUCAUAAGUCCGACACCUCAUAGGUCCGACGCCUCAUAAGUCCAAAAUUUCGGACUUAUGAGGCAUCGGACUUA